AUGGCGCCUUUACUCUCCUCUACACUUUUAUGCACUCUCCUCCUUCAGCAGGCGGCGGCUUUCUAUCUCCCUGGAGUCGCGCCAUCUUCCUACUCUGCCGGCGACCGAGUUCCUUUGACCGUCAAUGCACUGACGCCUUCGAUUUCACGGCAUGACGAGCAAAUCCAUGCCGUGGUCGCCUACGACUACUAUCACCCAGCCUUCCGCUUCUGCCGACCUGAAGAAGGGCCACAACGGGUUCGAGAGUCUCUCGGCAGCAUCAUCUUUGGAGAUCGGAUACAAACAUCACCUUUCGAAUUACGGAUGGGACAGAAUGAGACGUGCAAAGUCGCUUGCGAAGGCAGAAAAUUUGACGACAAGGCUGCGACCUUCGUGAACUCCAGGAUUGAGGAGGCAUACAGUGUCAACCUGCUUGUCGACGGAUUGCCCGCCGCGGAACUCAGGGAAGAUCCACUCACCCACGAACGAUUCUCCAGCCCCGGCUUUCCUCUGGGCAAAGUGAAAGAGGAUGGGACCAAGAUUUUACAUAAUCAUUGGGACAUCAUCAUUGACUACCACAAAGCUGGGAUCCGAGGAAUGAAAUACCGUGUGGUUGGCGUCCUGGUUCAGCCACAGUCAUAUGCGGAUACUAAAUUUCUGGCGGAUGGUAAGGCCGAGUGUGCUUUCAACUCCGGACCGGUCACGCUGCGUGAAGGACAGGAGACGUCGGUCACUUACACGUAUAGCGUUUACUGGCGUCCAUCCGACACAGCUUGGGCUACUCGAUGGGACAAAUAUCUCCACAUCAUCGAUCCCAAAAUCCACUGGUUCUCUCUCAUCAACUCCACCAUUUUUGUCAUCUUUUUGGUCGGUAUGGUCAGUACCGUCUUGGUGAGGACCCUCCGCAAAGACAUUGCCCGAUACAAUCGACUGGAUAACAUCAACCUUGACGAUCUUUCGGGCACAUCUGCUGUUGAUGACGACAUUCAAGAGGAUUCGGGUUGGAAGCUGGUGCACGGCGACGUCUUUCGCAGCCCUCGUUAUGCCCUUCUCUUGAGCGUGCUGCUCGGCAAUGGCGCUCAACUCUUUGUCAUGACUGCAGCAACGGUUGCAUUUGCCAUGCUAGGCUUCCUGUCACCGUCAAAUCGUGGCUGGCUUACCUCAGUCAGCCUAUUACUUUAUAGUGUGUUCGGUUGCAUUGGUGGCUAUGUGUCCGCCCGCGCGUACAAGAGCUUUGGCGGGGAGAAGUGGAAACUCAACAUCGCGUCGACCCCGGUCUUCAUUCCCGGCAUUGUGUUCAGCACAUUCUUCCUUCUCAACCUCUUUGUCUGGGCCAAAGGAUCAAGCGGGGCGGUUCCAUUCACCACGAUGGUGGCAAUUAUUGCAAUUUGGUUCUUGAUCAGCGUGCCUUUGAGUGUAGCGGGAUCGUGGUACGGAUUCCGGCAGCCGGCCAUCGAAGCACCCACGCGGAUCAACCAGAUUCCUCGACAGAUACCACCAGUCGCAACAUCGCUCCGACCUUUGCCAUCACUUCUUCUCACCGGGAUUUUACCAUUCUGCGCCAUCUUCGUGGAGUUGUAUUUCAUCAUGACAUCGCUAUGGACGAGUAAGAUUUACUACAUGUUUGGGUUUCUAUUCAUUUGCUAUGGGUUGAUGGUGUUGACAUGCGCAUGCACGACAAUCUUGCUGGUCUACUUCCUGCUCUGCGCUGAAGACUACCGCUGGCAAUGGAGGGCGUUCUGUGGGGCUGGAAUGACGGGAGGUUAUGUCUUUCUGAAUGCUUUGGGAUUCUGGGCGACUCGACUCACCUUUGGAGGACUGACGGGAGCCGUGCUUUACGUGGGAUACUCUGCUCUCAUCAGCUUCCUCAUGUUUGUCCUCACAGGCAUGUCCUUGCUGACCAAUAAUCAACAGUGGAUAGCUGGCUGA